AGAAGGAUAGAAUUGUGAAACUUAUGACUUUAACAAACGCUUUCACUUGGGAGGACCUACCUACAACCAGCACUAAGGGUGAGACCACAAUGGCUGCAAUGAUUCCUCGCAUCCAGAAAACUGUAAAGCAAAUGCUCAUAUCAGUGAUGGCUUUUCAUGGAAGCUACAUAGUCGUUCGCCUCGUCAACAGUGAGCAACGUGUGUUGACGGCGAAUUCGUUCUAUCUCUUCGACGUAUCCUCGAGCCCUGUUUACGAAGUUAUUCUUCUAAGCCAGAUCAUGGCAGCAGCAUUUUAUAUGGUCCUAUUUUUCGGCAUGUGGGGACUAUACGCCACGUUGGUAUGUAUCGCGUGCAGUCAGCUGGAGAAGCUGCGAGCGAACCUCCUGGAUAUCAGACAGGAACACAAGACACAAGAACAGGACUCGGGUGCUGAGACUGACACAGAGGAAGAAGAGAUCCAAGUACACACGUCUCAGGAAGUGUUCCGUCGGAUGCAGGGAGAGCUCAAAGACUGCGUACGGCAUCACCAGCAGAUACUACGUUUCAUGAAGGCAAUGGAAGACACGCUGCAUCCGGUACUGCUUGGGUUGUUCUUCAUUGCAACAGGCUGCAUCUGUUUGAGUGGUUUCUCCGUUGUCAUGAACUGGGGAGAAGUCAUGCCAAUGAGUCAAGCUGCUUUGAUAUACUUCGCAAUGAUGUUCUUCUUGUUCGCCUUCUGUCGGCUUGGAGAAGAGCUCACACAUCAGGCAAAGAGUGUAAGAGACGCAGUCUGGGAAAGCAACUGGGUGGGAGCUCCGGUGCCUUUCCAACACUCUCUCAUCAUCAUCAAUAUCAUAGCUAGCAAGAAGUUCAGCCUCACAGCUGGGAAAUUUGUGCCAGUGUCCAACAAAACCAUGCUCAGCAUUUUCAACCAGACAAUCUCCUUCUUCAUGUUUCUCCUCAAAGUCAAAGAAGAAACCGAUCACACCGACCACAGUUAAGAAUGUCGUGCCUCAUCAUCAUUAUCAAGUGCCACAAAACAUCCAUUGAAAUUUGACAACAUUUUACACUUCUUAUUCACAGAAAACUUGUUGUCACUGCUGAACUGUCGCGAUCAUUACUGGUAGCAAGGUCAGUUACCUGCAGAUUAUAACAUUAGUUAGCAGCUACAUCUGCAGCCCAGUGUGGAUUUAACUGGACUCCAAAGAAACCAGCUGUUCUGUCAUUACAACACGGAGAAAAAGAAUCGGAAAAAAGAUCAUUUCCAUGAAAAUAUAAAACAUUCAAGUUACUUUGGUGCAUGGAUCAUGCCAUAGUCCAGGCAAUUAGUAGCCAGAUUCUCAAUAGAGGAACCUAGGUUCAAACCCAGGGCUGUCUCUGUGGGACUUUUUAUGGGUAAAGAGGCAUUGGGACAGUUUUUCUCCGAUUAUUUUGAUCUUUCCCUAACAGUUUUAUUCCACCAGUCUCUCAUCAGUCAUCAGAGGCUGGUACAAAAGUCCAUUUGCAUCUGCAGUGCUAAGGUACUCCACCUCACCCCACCCCAAGAAUAGAAAAGGAAUCUUCUUCAUAUGUAAUGUAUGUCUCUGGAAAACUUACAUAUAGAGAAGUUAUUGAAACAGCUCAGACUGCAAUUUUAUGAAUAAUGUAGUACGUCAGGAUCAUCCAUAGAAUGUUCUGUAGUAUGUGGCUACAGCAACAUGCUGAGAUAUAAAAUUUGUAAGAUAAAAGAGACUUAAGAAAAUAAUAAUUUUACUUCCUCAUUAAAAAUAUCUGAAGAUCUAAAAGACAAAAUUGAUUAGCUUGAAAUGAACUAUAAGAACAAAAACAUUAGAGACCUGUA